CUCCUAUAAAAUGGGGAUGGUGGCAACAAUAGAGAUUUGAACCUAGGUGACAUGGGUCCCAGAGGGUUAGCGCGCUAAAGCAGCAAACACACAGAAAGCUCUCAGCCCGGGACCUGCACGGGUAUGCUCAAGGUCGAUAACAGCGAUGAGUAUCGCUGUUCAGGCAGGGGAGCAGGGCCGUCCGUGCAACCCAGGACCAGUGGACAAGCCUGAAGGCCAGGGGACCCCACUGGGGGAGAAGCAAGACUGAGUUUUUGGGAUCUCUCAGAGAAACAGGGAGGGAACUGGGAUUUGGAGGGGCUUCCACAGCCAGACUUGAAGAAUGAGGAAUGACUCAUCAGUGAAGUCUAGAAUUGUGAACUCCUGAGUUCAGGGAGAGCUGUGCUUGGGGACCAGGGUCCGGAGAGAUGGGAAUGGGAGGACUCAGGCUGAACUCUCCCAAAUGUUGUUGGAGGGGAAGGGCCUGUGGGUAGCACUUGGGGCCUAAGAAGGAAAGAUGGGAUGGAGGACCUGGACUCCAGAGUCCUGAGAGUGGGGACCAACUGAAGGUCUAGACUUCUUGGAAUCUAGGAGAAGGAGUCUUGGGCCCCAGGAGAGUUCAUGGAGACAGGUGCCUGGACUCUUGGGUCCCUGGAAGUUUGAAGAAAGAAGGACCGGCAGCCUCCUGGAUCAUAGAAGAGAUGAAUGAGUUAGGGAAGCAGAGUUGUGUGGGCUCAGGGAAUGUCUGGAUUCCUGGGUCCGAGGGAUAGGAGGCCAGGGCAGCAAGUUUCUGAGUCCCAAAGAGGUGACAGCAGGGGCUCCUGGGUCCUGAAGAGGAAGGGUCUGGGGCUUGGACUCCUGGGUCUGAGGGAGGAGGAGCUGAGGGCCCAAACUCCUGGCUCCUGAGGAGGGACAAAGGCACUGGGAACUGGGGUCCCAAACUUCUGAUUCCUAGAGACAAGAGGGUGACCUCUUUUGUCGAAAGGAGGAACCUGGGGUCCUGGGCUCCUGGAACUGAAAGAAGACAGUGCUGGGGUCUGAAGGAGGAGCGGAUAAGCUAUGGCCCAGACUCCUGGGCUCCAGCUGAGCAAGGCUUGGUCCAGUCCCGCCUAACAGGCCUCCCCACCUACCCACAGCCUCGAAGCUCAUCUACAACAUGGACCUGCGCACAAUGACACAGUCGCUGGUGACUCUGGCGGAGGACAACAUAGCCUUCUUCUCGAGCCAGGGUCCUGGGGAAACGGCCCAGAGGCUGUCAGGCGUUUUUGCCGGUGUGCGGGAGCAGGCACUGGGGCUGGAGCCGGCCCUGGGCCGCCUGCUGGGUGUGGCGCACCUCUUUGACCUGGACCCAGAGACACCCGCCAAUGGGUACCGCAGCCUGGUGCACACAGCCCGCUGCUGCGUGGCACACCUCCUGCACAAAUCCCGCUAUGUGGCCUCCAACCGCCGCAGCAUCUUCUUCCGCACCAACCACAACCUGGCCGAGCUGGAGGCUUACCUGGCUGCCCUCACCCAGCUCCGCGCUCUGGUCUACUACGCCCAGCGCCUGCUGGUUACCAAUCAGCCGGGGGUGCUCUUCUUUGAGGGCGACGAGGGGCUCACCGCCGACUUCCUCCGGGAGUAUGUUACGCUGCAUAAGGGAUGCUUCUAUGGCCGCUGCCUGGGCUUCCAGUUCACACCUGCCAUCCGGCCAUUCCUGCAGACCAUCUCCAUUGGGCUGGUGUCCUUCGGAGAGCACUACAAACGCAACGAGACAGGCCUCAGUGUGGCCGCCAGCUCCCUCUUCACCAGCGGCCGCUUUGCCAUCGACCCCGAGCUGCGUGGGGCUGAGUUUGAGCGGAUCACACAGAACCUGGACGUGCACUUCUGGAAAGCCUUCUGGAACAUCACCGAGAUGGAAGUGCUAUCGUCUCUGGCCAACAUGGCAUCGGCCACCGUGAGAGUAAGCCGCCUGCUCAGCCUGCCACCCGAAGCCUUUGAGAUGCCGCUGACUGCUGACCCCACACUCACGGUCACCAUCUCACCCCCACUGGCCCACACAGGCCCCGGGCCCGUCCUAGUCAGGCUCAUCUCCUACGACCUGCGUGAAGGACAGGACAGUGAGGAGCUCAGCAGCCUGGUAAAAUCCAACGGCCAACGGAGCCUGGAGCUGUGGCCGCGCCCCCAGCAGGCACCCCGCUCGCGGUCCCUGAUAGUGCACUUCCACGGCGGUGGUUUCGUGGCCCAGACCUCCAAAUCCCAUGAGCCCUACCUCAAGAGCUGGGCCCAGGAGCUGGGCGCCCCCAUCAUCUCCAUCGACUAUUCCCUGGCCCCCGAGGCCCCCUUCCCCCGUGCGUUGGAGGAGUGCUUCUUCGCCUACUGCUGGGCCAUCAAGCACUGCGCCCUCCUUGGCUCAACAGGGGAACGAAUCUGCCUUGCGGGGGACAGUGCAGGCGGGAACCUCUGCUUCACCGUGGCUCUUCGGGCAGCAGCCUACGGGGUGCGGGUGCCAGAUGGCAUCAUGGCAGCCUACCCGGCCACAAUGCUGCAGCCUGCCGCCUCUCCCUCCCGCCUGCUGAGCCUCAUGGACCCCCUGCUACCCCUCAGCGUGCUCUCCAAGUGUGUCAGUGCCUAUGCUGGUGCAAAGACAGAGGACCACUCCAACUCAGACCAGAAAGCCCUAGGCAUGAUGGGGCUGGUGCGGCGGGACACAGCCCUGCUCCUUCGAGACUUCCGUCUGGGUGCCUCCUCAUGGCUCAACUCCUUCCUGGAGUUAAGUGGGCGCAAGUCCCAAAAGAUGUCAGAACCCAUAGCAGGUGAGUGAUUCACUCCCAUCACCUGCCCAGCCAGGGUGGGCAGAAGGGACAGCCUAGCACAGCAAAAGUCCCAGGGAAGAUGCGGGGCAUGGUGGUUCAGGCCUGCAAUCCCAGCACUUUGGGAGGCUGAGGCGGGCAGAUCACUUGAGGUCAGGAGUUCAAGACCAGCCUGGUCAACAUGACAA